GAAGAGUGAGCACUGAUUGGCUAAAAUGCAAGUCUGUCAAAAGAACUGAAACAAGGGGGCAGUCUGCAGAGGCUUAGAUACAAGCUUUCACAAUUGAACAUUUUACCAACCAGUGGGAUUAUGAAGUGGCCUGGGUAGACCCCAAUAUCUGGUUGCCAGCUGUCUCAUUACACAAGGGCUUUUACUAAACAGGAUCACUCCAGAGAUUUCUCGACAUGAUGAAGUAUCUUCACAUCUUCUUAGUCAUCAUCUCCGUUUUCCUCCUAUUGGCUGAAGCCGGAAAGAAAGGGUCAAAGAAAGGUGGUGGGUGGAACACAGGAAAUAACCGGAAUCCUAGUAACCCUAGUUACCCGGGGAACCCUAGUUACCCGGGAAACCCUAGUUACCCGGGGAACCCUAGUUAUCCAAGGAACCCUAGUUACCCUGGUAACCCUGCCUACCCAAACAACCCUGGCAAUACCUGGAAUACUGGCUCUAACUGGGGCCACAAUUACAAUCCCAGUGGUGGCCACAACUACAAUAAGCAAUUUAAGCCUCCGAAGACCAAAACCAACAUGGGAAUGGUGGCCGGAGCAGCAGGAGUUGGUGUUCUCGGUGGGUUCAUGCUGGGAAAUGCUGUUAGCAACAUGAGGUACCAAUUUAGCAAUGACGAUGAGUACCGUUAUUACAACCAAUAUCGCAACCAGAUGCCUAAUCGGGUUUAUAGACCAGUGUACGACGAAAACAUGGAUGUCUCAAGGGAUAAGUUUGUGACUGAUUGCUACAACGUAUCAGUGACUGAGUACGUCAUAAAACUAGAUGAAGGGAAGAAUGCCAGCGAGAUUAAUCCACUGGAAAACAGCGUCAAGAGACAAAUGAUCCGUGAGAUGUGUAUUAGCGAGUACAGAAGGGGAUCUGGACUGAAACUUUUUUCCAGUCCAUGGCUUGUAAUUUCACUUAGUAUCUUCAUUUACUUUGUUAUCCAGUGAAGGUUCUAAAGAGCUCGUUUGUGUAUAUAGAGAUUUCUAAGUAUAUGCAGGAUCAAAAAUGUCAUGUACCACUGCCUAUCAUCUGUUGUGAUUCCCUCAGUAGUCACCGAUGUGGAAUUCUAUACAAAAGUAUGCAGCGCCAUACAAUCAUGUUAAAUCAAGUAUCAGCGCUGCAUACAGUAUGAAAGCAAGCAGUGGACUCUCACUAGGAAACUGAUCUGUAUUACCACACUGGUUGACAUGUAUAAUUUAUUAUGUGUUUUUUUUACAUUUAAGGAACAUGUACAUGCAUGUCAUAAUUAACAGAUUGUGUAGGUUUAAUUUUUCCUGUGACCGUCUUAUAGAUUUCCUUUACAUGUCUUAAUUUUGCUUUUGUCAUCUGCAGGGCUUAAAAACACGCAAUCAGUAGAAUGUAGAAAAAUAUUAUUAUAAGGGUGUAUUACCAAGCUGAAUGCGUAAUUUUACAUACAUUGUUUGUUUAUAUCAUAUAUAUAUAUAUAUAUAUACACACACACACACACACACACACACAAGGAUGGAAAAGGGAAGGGUGAAAAGUUACUAGUCUAAUGUUAAAGGGACAUUCCAGUCAAAAUUAAAAUGCACAUAGAUGAAUUGCACCUUUGAAUAGAAACAUAUCUGCAAUAUACAUGUAUUUGCAAAAAUUCUUCAGGUAGAUAUUCCAUGGUGCUGGUGGAAGUGCUUUAUUUUCCACUGAGAAUAUCUCUACCUUUAUUGGAACAUAUGGGUCUCAGGCAAAAAGUGGCAACGUUUCGAGUUAUGCACCCUUAAUCAUGCCAUGAUUAAAUGUGCAUAACUCCAAACAUUGCCACUUUUUGGAAUAUAUAUUUUGGAAGAAUAUAUGGGGAAUGUGCAGUAGCCCUAUCCACACUGUGCACGUGAAAACAGCGUGUGCUGGAAAUCACUGAUAUGUAAAAAGAUAUUUUCAGUGCAACAACAUUUUAAAUAAUUCAGCUGCUUAGAGAGACUGUAUCAUGUCAGCAGUGUUGCAAAUUGAGUCAUUACCAAAUGAUAUAAGCACCUUAGGCUCACUGAGCAAGUGAUUUGUUUAAAAUGCUAGUUCACAGAGCAUACUUAAAUACCCUCUUGAAACCGCUAUAGCUUUUACUAGAAGCAUUUUUGAUAAUACAAGUAUAUUGAAAAAUGUUUCUUUUCAAAAAGAAGUGCACCAGUGUGCAUUCCAAUUUUGGUUGGAAUAUCUCUUUAAAUAUAGUUAAAGCCUAAUUUCUUACUUGUUUCUCCACCUCUGAAUAUCUUCUGUUUAAAGUACUUAGUGUUUCUUGUGUUUCACUGUUCCUGGCAAAAUUAAUCUGUUUAAGGUUAGAAACGUGUAACCCAAUAAAGCAUGCCGAGCUCUUAACGAGUAAUAAAAUCACAAAUUUGUACUCACAAAGCCUGGUUAUAUUUACAGUAUGAGUUUGACAACUAUGUCUGAUUGUCUUGUUUGUACUUGACUAUUCCUGGGAUAAAUGGCUUGUAUAAUGUCA